AAUGAGUGGGAGUACAACAAGAGAAGAGACCAUUAUAGAUUCGGCUCUCUGGAGUAUCUCGCUUUCGCUUUGAACUUGCCAGAACUUGCUAUUGCUUUGCUUCUCCCCACUAUUCAGUUUUAAUUCAGAUAAGCAAGUUGCAACGGAUAAAAAUAGUUACUUUGUUCUCUUUUUGAAAGCUUUGUCCCUUUGAUUUUACAAGCAUGCAGUACACAACAGCCUUUGUUUAUCGUUUUUUAUUUGCUGCAACUGUCUAAUUAAUUGAACCACACCCGAAAAAUCACUUUGCCAAUUAAACAUGAAGCGAUGUUUCAAUUACAAGUUCGUCCUCAAUUUCUGCAAUUUUUUAUUUCUGCUAUGUGGUAUUCUUCUCAUUGUAUCUGGAUGUUACCUGUUUACCGAUAACAAGCGCAUCCUGCUGUCCAGACUACUAGCCGCUCCCAACGAUCGUCUUAAUGCAUUGCCACAACCAUUGCUCUACUACAUUGCUCUUGGACUGGCUAUUGCUGGAUUUAUAGCAGUACUGACAUCGGUUGUGGGCUUUUGGGCUAGUUGCCUGCACACCUACUGCUUUCUCAGUAUUUACUUCUUAGGCGUCGUGGUUCUACUCUUGACUGAAUCCGUUCUAUGCUUGGCCAUCACUCUCUGGCCCCACUGCUUAGGCAUUGGCCUAGAUGAGAGUCAAAUGGUAAAGUCUUUGCAAUCCUAUUAUGGUGUACCGGGUCACGAGCAGUACACCAAUGCCAUGGACCUGGCACAAACUCGCUUUGGUUGCUGCGGGAUGAAAAGCUCAUUGGACUACGACACAUCGUUAUGGCGUCUCCAAAGUUAUGGGCAAACCAAUUGGCCUGUUCCAUUAAGUUGCUGUGUCCUGGAAAAUGCGCCACAGCCAUUCGCAUAUCUAGAUCCAAAGCCAGCAAACGAGACUCAGUGUAAGUCCCUGAAUCAUUUAUCCUACGAGAGAGAGCGUUAUACGGAAUCAUGUCUGCUCCAUCUCGAUACCUGGUAUCGGGAGCAAUAUAGUGUAUUCCUUGGCGCCAGCCUCCUAAUGGCUCUUGUUGAGUUUUGUGUCCUGCUUGCCAUUAUAAUGAGCUGCACGGCCCUUGCCUCCCAAAGAGCCAGGACUGAAGAUAUACAAAACGCGACAGAUCAAAAGCGCCAACGGCGUUCAGCACUGUCACAACGUGUUCUUGUUGAAAACAUAUAUGAACCAGAGGUGGAACUCAGAGCAAACUCCGGCCACAGUAUGAACGGCAUGUGUCUGGGAGGGCCUGGCAGGUAUGUAAGCAGCCAGGACUUCUCAGAGUUGUUUCAAAGGCCCAGCGAUCCACACACGCACCGUAAAAACACAUCGUUUGAACCAAUUUCUGCCAACUUCCAAACGCAAGGGAGGAAUUACUUGGUUUAACUUUGGACACGCUAAGCUGAGAGAAGGUGGAUUUGACGUUACUUGCUAAAUACAUUUAAGUAC